GGGGCGGAUAGUUUUGAUUUUCUCUACAUCGUGCUUAGCCAAUAAUGUAGAGGGAACUGUUGUGCACAUCUCAGCUGGCAAACAUUUAAAAGGGAGACAGUCCGGCGCUGGAGCAAUUUGUAUUAAACCCCCUGGCCCCUGUCUAUGGAGCGGUUAGUGUCCCACCCAUCCACAGCCCCACCAGUGUACAGUCGACAGCAGUAGGUGCCUAUCAGUUUGGAAGGUGCCGCAGAGGAUUGACAGGAUCACAUCGUCGCACUUGUAGCAGCGGAGGCUCGCACAGAUGGCGAACUCAACGCGUAUCUUCUGCAUCAUGGUUUUCAUCAUGGGGCUGCUAUCUUCUCCCGUGGAUUCCAAAAGAAACCGAGGUUCACAAGGCGCCAUUCCUCAUCCUGACAAAAGCAACCCAAACGAAUCGGAGCAGCAACCGCAGCCUCCGCAGGCGGGCUCUGGGUCCCGGCAGAGGCAGGGCUCAUCCUCACCGGCCGACGAGGUGCUGGAAUCCAGCCAAGAAGCAUUACAUGUGACGGAGCGCCAGUAUUUAAAACGGGACUGGUGCAAAACUCAGCCCCUCAAGCAGACCAUCCACGAGGAAGGCUGCGUCAGCCGCACCAUCAUCAAUCGCUUUUGUUACGGACAGUGCAACUCCUUUUACAUCCCCAGGCACAUCCGCAGGGAGGAGGGUGCCUUCCAGUCCUGUUCUUUUUGCAAGCCGAAGCGUUUUACCACCAUGUCUUUUACUUUGAACUGUCCGGACCAGCAGCCACCCACCAAGAAGAAACGCAUCCAGCGCGUCAAACAGUGCCGCUGUAUAUCCAUAGACCUGGACUAAAGAAAUGUGUUCUAUGUGUUUUUCAUACUCUUAUUCUUCGUGGACAGGAUUGUUGGUUGAAAAAAAGAGGCUGUCACACAGCCAAGAACACGUGCCAGUCUCCAUCGGAAUAAGCAUCCAUGGAGGCUUCUUACAUUUAGGCCACGAAGAUUCUCUUCUUGCACAACGUGUGAACAAAUAUGGACAUGCAACCUAUAAAGCGACGCUGAACGGCAACGAACAUUUUACUCCUCACCAGUUUGCAAAGUUUGAAAUCAAGCAUCACUGCACGGGAACGCUGACUUGGAAUGGGCACGUUUUACGCACGGCUUCUUCACCCCCAAGAGGACUGAGUAACCCCGGUUUAUUUAAUAAAUCAAAAUGCUUAUGUUGACAAGAAAACAUUCCUGUCCAGUUUACUAUUGGUGUGUUCGUAUGUGUUUGUUUAACUGGAUGUUUCCACUGUGUGGAAUUUGAUAGAUGGGCGGCGAUAUUUGUGAAUGGAAAAUGUGAUUUUAUUUCAAGAGCCUUUCAAGGUUGAUUGACUUCUUUGAAUUUCGAAGUCCACCAGUAAAGUUUUUUUGUAAGUUGGGUGCCUACUCAGUUGUAGAGACAAUAUAGGCUUCGAUGUUAGUUAAAACAAUGUACAGCGGUGGUUUAUUCAGUUUCAAGAUUUUUUUUGUAAAAUGUAAACCCACCUUUGAUGUAACCGGUUUGUUUAUCCUUUGAAUUAAAUUAUCCACCAAAACAUAAAUAAACGGAUGUUGGAAUAUUG